AGGGGAUCAUUAAGCACUUUUUUCCCCCUUUUUUAAAGAAACGACGUCUCCUUUAAACCUCUGCAGCGACGUCGCAGGACUCCAGGCUCUGAAGUUGUGUCGAGCCCGGGCGAUGGUUUCCAUCUGAUCGCUGCUCGGUCAGCUGGACCGACCGAAGACUGCGCGCUCGUCACCGCUGCUCUGUGGCCACCGACACGUUGAUUCCUGCCGGAGGACCGAUUGCACAAUCCGUGGCUGGCCCCCAAACAUGUCAUCUCAGGCCAAAGUCAAGAAGGACAAAGAGAUUAUUGCCGACUAUGAGACCCAAGUGAAAGAAAUUCGCAAUCAGCUGGUGGAGCAGUUCCGCUGUCUGGAGCAACAGUCCGAGUCCCGGCUGCAGCUGCUGCAGGACCUGCAGGAAUUCUUCCGCCGGAAGGCCGAGCUCCAGCUCGAGUAUUCCAGAGGCCUGGAUAAACUGACCGAGCGCUUCUCCGCCAAGAUCCGCACCUCCAGAGAGCACCAACAUUUCAAAAAAGACCAAAAUCUCGUUUCCACUGUGAACUGCUGGUAUUUGGUGCUGGACCAGACCCGACGGGAAAGCAGAGACCACGCCACUCUCAGCGACAUCUACAACAACAACGUCAUUGUCCGGUUGGCGCACGUAGGCGAGGAUGUCAUCAGACUUUUCAAAAAGAGUAAAGAUAUCGGGGUGCAGAUGCAUGAAGAGUUGGUGAAAGUCACCAAUGAACUUUACACAGUAAUGAAGACGUACCAUAUGUACCACAGCGAGAGUCUCAGUGCCGAGAGCAAGCUGAAGGAGGCAGAGAAACAGGAAGAGAAGCACAUUGGGAAGAAUAAUGACAUCGGUGUUGGCCUGCUGCGUUACGGUCACGAUGAGCGUCCGCAGCGCCGCAGCUCUGUAAAGAAAAUGGAAAAAAUGAAGGAAAAGAGACAAGCCAAGUACUUUGAAAACAAGCUAAAGUGCACAAAAGCCCGGAACGACUAUCUUCUCAAUCUGGCAGCGACCAACGCUCUAGUGGCCAAAUACUACAUCCACGAUGUCUCAGACAUGAUCGAUUGCUGUGAUUUAGGAUACCACGCAAGCCUGGCACGCACCAUGAGGACCUAUCUGUCCGCAGAAUACAGCCUGGAAACAUCUCGCCAUGAGGGUCUGGAUGUACUGGAGGGAGCCGUAGAUGCCAUGGACAUUAGAGGAGACAAGUUGAAGUUUAUGGACAUGCACAGCCAGAUUUUUUGUCCUCCAUCACGCUUUGACUAUCAGCAACACAUGGGAGAUGAGGUGUGCCAGGUAAGCGCACAGCAGCCAAUCCAGACAGAGCUCUUGAUGCGUCACCACCAGCUGCAGUCUCGCCUCGCCACACUGAAAAUAGAAAACGAAGAGGUAAAGAAGACGCUUGACGCCACCAUGCAGACCCUUCAGGACAUGCUCACCGUGGAGGAUUUUGAUGUUUCCGAGGCCUUCCAGCACAGCCAGUCAACGGAGUCGGUCAAAUCAGCUUCAUCUGACUCCUACAUGAGCAAGGCUAACAUCGCUAAAAGGCGAGCAAAUCAGCAAGAAACUGAGGGCUUCUACUUUACUAAAUACAAGGAGUAUUUGAACGGCAGCAAUCUGAUUGUGAAACUGCAGGCUAAACAUGACCUCCUGAAACAGACAUUAGGAGAAGGGGAGAGGGCUGAAUAUGGAACAACAAGGCCCCCCACUCUUCCCCCUAAACCCCAGAGAAUGAGGAAGUGUAGACCUCGCUCCACUUUUAACCAUAAGCUGUUUAACGGCAAUAUGGAGGCCUUCAUUCAGGAGUCGGGGCAGUCUAUACCCGUGGUGGUUGAGAGCUGUAUUCGAUAUAUCAAUUUAUAUGGUCUGCAGCAGCAAGGUAUAUUUCGGGUUCCAGGAUCUCAGGUCGAAGUGAACGAUAUUAAAAACGCAUUUGAACGAGGAGAAGAUCCGCUGGUCGACGAUCAGUCGGAUCAUGACAUCAACUCUGUUGCUGGCGUUCUCAAGCUCUACUUCCGCGGGCUGGAAAACCCGCUGUUCCCCAAAGAGCGUUUCCUCGACUUUAUAUCCACCACUAAAUUUGACUCUGGUGCGGAGAGAGCUCAUCAUCUUCAGCAGAUCAUCGUGACUCUUCAGAGGACCGUGAUCGUCGUCAUGAGAUACCUGUUUGCAUUCCUAAACCACCUUUCUCAGUACAGCGAUGAGAACAUGAUGGACCCUUACAACUUGGCUAUCUGCUUUGGCCCCACGCUGAUGCCCAUACCAGACGACCAGGAUCCAGUGUCCUGCCAGGCACACGUUAACGAGGUCAUUAAGACAGUCAUCAUGCACAAUGAGGCCAUCUUUCCGAGCCAGCGAGAGUUGGAAGGACCUGUUUAUGAGAAGUGCAUGGCAGGAGGUGAAGAGUACUGUGAAAGUCCUCACAGUGAGCCGGGGGCUCUCGAUGACAUCGACAACGGAACCGGACCAAACACGAGUGAUGAAG